GGCGAUGGCGGCGGAGGCGACUCCGCGGCGCGUGGGCUUUGUGGGCGCCGGCCGCAUGGCGGAGGCCAUCGCGCAGGGCCUCAUCCGAGCAGGGAAGGUGGAAGCGCAGCAUGUGAUGGCCAGCGCGCCGACCGACAGGAACCUCUGCCACUUCCGGGCUCUGGGCUGCCAGACCACCCACUCGAACCAGGAGGUGCUACAGACCUGUUCCCUCGUCAUCUUCGCCACCAAGCCCCACAUCCUGCCAGGCGUCCUGGCGGAGGUGGCCUCUGUGGUCACCACAGAGCACAUCUUGGUGUCCGUGGCUGCCGGGGUCCCUCUUAGCACCUUGGAGGAGCUGCUGCCCCCGAACACCCGGGUGCUGCGGGUCUCACCCAACCUGCCCUGCACGGUCCAGGAGGGGGCCAUGGUGAUGGCGCUGGGCCGCUGUGCUGGGAGCAGCGAAGCCAAGCUCCUGCAGAACCUUCUAGAAGCCUGUGGGCAGUGCGAGGAGGUGCCUGAGGCCUACGUGGACAUCCACACCGGCCUGAGCGGCAGUGGCGUGGCCUUCGCGUGCACGUUCUCUGAGGCCCUGGCUGAAGGCGCCAUCAAGAUGGGCAUGCCCAGCGGCCUGGCCCACCGCAUUGCUGCGCAGACGCUGCUGGGGACAGCCAAGAUGCUGCUGCAGGAGGGGCGGCUCCCGGCCCAGCUGCGCACCGACGUGCUCACACCCGGGGGCACCACCAUCUACGGGCUGCACGCUCUGGAGCAGGGCGGGCUGCGCGCGGCCACCAUGAGUGCCGUGGAGGCGGCCACCUGCCGGGCCAAGGAGCUCAGCAGAAAGUAGGCUCUGGAUGAAGCCGGCAGCCGCUCGCCCUCCGUGCCCCGCCCCAGGGAAAUGCAAGGGGCCAGGCUUUGAGCAGGCAGGCCCCCUCCCCUACGUGGCAGAAGGCUCCAGGGCGGUGGCCCGGCUCCUGGUGAGCCCUUGGUGAUCGGUGACACUGGUCCUGAGAGCUGGCACCGUGCAGGGGGCCUGCCUUCUGUGAGCACAGCUGCAGGCGACAGCAGCCUGGCCGGCCACCUGGUCUGGACGCAGGCCCUUUGCGUUUCCCAGCGUCCUGGGGGCCGCUGCCUGGCCAGCUUUCUCAUUUGGCUCCACCAAAGGGUCCAUGGCCUGCCGUGGGGUGGGGCCACCCAUGGGGAGCCGGAGCUCCCCCACCAGAGCCCUGCACUGCCCUCACCUCCCCCCAGCAGCCUCCUGAGACUGGCCGUGAGAGGGCAGUGCCCGCUGGGCCAUCCGCCGGCUGGGUGACCUUACACAAAUAACCCCCGCCUGAAACAGGGCUCCUGGCAUCCAGAGCACAGGAGCAGAUGUCCUGCCCCCACCACCGUGCCCUGCACCCUGUAGCUCCACCCCCGUUCCCAGGCAGCCCUGCCGCCAAGGACCCACCCGCUGGCCUGCAGGUCUGGUGCAGGCCGCCUGCGGGCAGGGACCCCGGGGACAGCCACCAGAGGACCACCUGCCCCCAGAAAUCACUGCUGAAUCGGAGCCAGCCCCUGCCAACCCCCGGGGACCAGCGCACCUACGCUUCGGAGGUCCUGGCUGUGACCCGUGUCUGUGGAGCCCCGCCCAGCUGACCACAGCCCAGGGCCAGAACUGUUCUUCCCAGAGUGGCGGGUGUGGGAGAGGCAGCACCGGGCUCGACCGUGGGCCUCUGAGGCCCUUCCUCGCCUUUCACGGCCGACACUGUUGUGCAGCGUGGACAGAGGGUGUGAUGCGGCCGUUCCGAAUCCCAGCUUCACGUCCCGUCCUCGCUGUGUUCCAGAACCGCCCUUCGGAUCACAAGUGAAGAGUUUACAAUAGAGGUGCUUACAAAGCUC